AAGCUGCAGCUCUGCACCGCUCUGCACUACCCUACCAGAUUUGAGAGAGAGAGAGAGAGAGCCGCAAGAAAGAGAGAGAGAUAAAGAAAAAUAUAAAGAGAGAUAAAGAGAGACUGUGAUAAAGAGAGAAAUAUAGAAAGAGAUAAAGAGAGAGAGAGCUGCUGAAAGAAAGAGUAGCAAAAGAGGACAGAGAGAGGGAACUACAAAGCCAAAUCAGGUGAGAGAGUAAAAAAUACAGGACAGACAAGAGGAGAACAGAGGGAGUGUUUUCCUGUGAGGCCUAUCUCAAUGUUCUUGUUUUUUAAGCAUUCUCAACAGAUCUAGAGACUAGAUGACCAGGCUUUACACACCGCAGUGUCCUGUCCUGGAACUCUGACAGGAGUGGACACACACUCAUACACGCACUCCCUCUCUUGCACACAUACCUGCAUACACAGAGGGUAGACAUUCUCCAUCACUGUCUGCAACCCCCCCUCCCCCUCGAUUGGACCAUGUCCACGUCCUCGUCUGGAUCGACCAACCACAACAAGCGUCAGUCAUUGGAGACAGACACUCAGAUUGUGUUGGACAAUGACUCAGCCCAGCAUCUGAAGCUGAGGGAGAGACAGCGCUUCUUUGAGGAGGUGUAUCAGCACGAUAUGGACAUCCUCCUGUCCUCGGCUCACCUGCACAUUGACAGCAGGAAACCUCCCAUGGGCAGUAUCUCCUCUAUGGAGGUGAACGUGGACAUGCUGGAGCAGAUGGACCUCAUGGACAUCUCUGACCAGGAAGCUCUGGAUGUGUUCCUCAACUCUGGGGCCAACAAUAGCCCACUGGCCUCCCCUUUACCAGAGGUAGACGAUGAAGAGGAAGAUGAGGAAGACGAGAGUAAAGAAGUUGUCUACAGGGAGCGUGUGCCUACUUGCGACAUUCGCCGGGGGUCAAAAUCUCGCAUGUCCUCCACCUCUUCCGGUUCCAGUGACACCAGCGGGGGCGGGACCGACACCCAUGUGGUCCAAUCAGAUGAUGAGGAGGUGCACGCAGACACCCUGUUGCUGACCUCCGUGCCUCGAACAAAAGAUGAAGAGGCAGAGGAAGAAGAUAAGUGAGGCCUGUCCGCUCUGUUGUCAUAGAGACACAAGCCACUUGCUGUUCUGACUUGUCAAUGACAACAAGGAGAUGGUAAACAGACUAACUCGGAGAUCCAUACAUAUACAGUACCAUCACUUCCUCGUUACUGACACCCCUGGAAUUCCUUGUGGGAAACCCCUAGCAUGGACAACCCUUGUUAUUCUUUGGUGUGUUAUGGGUCAACCCACUGGGCACAGACACCAUUUAAACAUCAAAUGUUUAUUUACAUUUGGUUGAAAUGUCAACUCAUGUGAAUUCAACAUGAAAUAAACAAGUCAUGUGAUUUAGGUUAAAAGUUGGGUGAAAGAAAGACUAAAUUCCCUUACGUUGAAGACUUUUUGCAAAUCGAAUCAGUUUUCCACAUUUGAUUCAUUGUCAUCAGAUUGCAUUUUUUGGUUGAAAUUACGUGGAAACAUUGAUGAAACCAAUUUUUGCCCAGUGGGAAUUGAUUCUCUGCGUAACUAUGAAACUACUUAUUGAUGACUCCUCAUUGUUUCUACUUAGCACUAUUAUAAGGAACACUCAGUUUUCAGUUUUUUCUUCUGUUGCUUCAGAGCAAUAUACGUGUAUUGUGUUCAACCAUUAUCAAGGUGCCAAUAUUGUGUUCUCCAUAUUUAUCAUACACAGAAUAUCAGUGUUUGAGGGAGGAAUGUCCAGAUAGAUGUCUGUCUCACAUAAGAACCUGUGAACAACUACUUUAGUGAGACUAAAUUCUAGAUCCUAUCCAUUCAUUAAUGCUGCUAUAUAAACACUGAAUUCUAACAUGACUCUUUGCUGCAUGAUUUGGAACAGUUAGUAGGGGAAGUCAAGCGGUUUGGUUUCAUUUGUUCUCAGUCAAGGUAUUUACCUCCCUUACUGUGACCGUUGACAGAGGAUCCAACAUGUAGUAACAUAACAGUCAAAACACACACGCACUAGUCUACAUUAGCAUACUGGAUUAUCUUCUUUGGUUUCUGCUAUUGCUAUUCCAUCCAGCUCAGGACACCUUGACCACGGCCAUUUCAAUGACAUGUACCCAUUGAUUCUUGAAGAACUUAUAAAUGCCUCAUGAGCUUAGCUCAACUGUCGUACCCCAUCAGAGCCCAAAAUGUAAGCUUGUUUUACUUUGUAAACAAAGUAAAUGUAAACAAUUUCUCCAGCCCCAUACCUCAGCUUGCCCCUUUAAGAGGGGCAGAAAGAUUUGAGAGUGGUAUUUAGAAGUACAAUCAUCCCUGUGUGGCAUUCCCCUAUGUCAGAAUGAGUUAAGGCAAUGUCUCACCAGAACAUCACCUUGGUAUUGGUAAAUGCCUUGGUCUCAUUCAGACAAUACCAGCCAGUUACAGGAAAUUCACGACACUAGCUACUAGACUAGGGAGGCGUAACCUUGCCCAGACUUUUGUUUCUGCUUGGUUGGAGCAAAAUCCUGCACCCACACCUGUCAUCACAAGGUAAGAUUUCCCACCGUUUUAAUUCAGUACAUACUGAUGUUUUAACUGUAAAAGAAAAGUAGAGAGCAGGAGUGAGCCACACAGUCCCCAGCCUCAUGUUGUCUGGUUAUACUCAUCUCAGAGUACCAUGAAAUGCAUGCCACAUUGUAAAUGUACUGUAUGUUCUGUACAGUUCUGAUCAUCUGCUAUGAGGUGUAUCAUUUCCAGUGUUUUUCCUGGCACUUCAGAUAAAAUUGUAUGCCUAUCUAUGCAUGAAGCAAGUCUUGAGGACAAACAGGGCGUCUUUCCUCCCUGUAGCCUCCUAUUGAAUGUUGAGGGUUGGAUAUGUAGACACUGUAGAAACUUGGCACACAAAGUGGUUUAUGCCAGUUUCAGGUGUUAGAGUAUAUCAACAAGCUGGAAUAGUUUGUGUGUAUGUGGGUGGGGGAGGGGGGUGCGGGUGUGCGCAUGCAUGCAUGUGUUCAUUGUAAGAGAACAGUAGAGAGCAGCCUCAUGUUGUCUGGUUGUACUCCUCUCACCAUGAAUGUGACUGUUUGUGAGUGUACAUGUGCUUUCUGGUUUUAUAAUAGUCCUUUUUUGACAGUGGAAAACAUGGUUGUGUAUAAUUUCCCUCCCUCUGAGCUCCCAAUCAAGAUAAAGAAUAAAAUGAAUACAAUUGCCAAACAA